AUGAAGUCCCUCGUCUGGGUGCUUGCCGGCUCUGCCGUAGCCGUCCCCCUUGCGUCCGACUCAGGAACAAAGGUUAUUAGCAUCCCCGCCAUCGAGACUCAACCGCCCCGUGGUGAUGAGCCUGGUGCGGCCCCUCCGCUGGUCAACAGUGCCAGGACUGGCGUCACCACCCACGGUGCCUACUCUGGCACCCCUACCACCACCGGGGCUGAGCAGUAUCCCUCCACGGUGGCGGCCACCAUCCCCAUCCAGCCCAACCCAACCGCCACGUACUACAAUCCCAAUGGCAAGCUGACCGAGCCCAUGCCUAUGCCAUACAUGCCCGCCGGCGGUGUGGGAACUAACGGCACCGUGCCCGUGUAUAUGGUGCAGAGCGAUUAUGACUACCAGUCCGUCGCCUUGGGCGUGCAUCAGGAAUACAUCGAGCUGGACCUUUUCCACUAUGGUCUCGAAGUCUUCAGCGAGCAGGACUUUCUCGAUGCCGGUCUCACUGUCGAGGACCGCCGCCUGAUCGAAUACAUGGCAAUACAAGAGGCCGGCCACGCCACCCUGCUGAGCAACAUGUUGGGCGAGUCCGCCCCACGCCAAUGCACGUACAACUAUCCUUUCAAGACGGUCCGCGAGUUCAUUGACUUCAACGUCAAGCUCACCCGCUGGGGCGAGUCCGGCACCUGGGGCUGGCUGAGCCAUCUCAACUCCAAAGAGGUCGCGACCAUGGUCGUCGAAGCGGAAGCCAUCGAAGCCCGGCAGCAGGCCAUCUUCCGUCAGCUUCUUGGCCUCCAGCCCAUGCCCAUGUGGUUCGCUGCCGGUAUCCCGCAAUCCUGGCACUGGACCCUGCUAGCCCAGUAUAUUUCGUCCUGCCCGGCGAACAACACUCGGCUGGUCUGGCAGAAUUUCCCCAAUUUAUACGUGGUCAACCAGGCCAACCCCAACCGCAUCAACGCGAAUGCUACCGCAGCAUCGGAAGUUGCCGGCAACCGCACUGGUGAUCCGAGCAACUCGACAAUCCCAGCGGCCCAGUCCUGCGUCCACAACAAUGUCACGGGCUAUAAUUGCGGACCCGCCAUUUCUCGCGACAAGUACAAUCCGCUCACAUUCCCCGGACGCAAAGUCGAGCUUACCUGGGAUGAGCCAGGUCGUGCUGUGGGGCCGAACAACAGCUACGUCACCUCCACGACGGCGGGCCAGCCCUCGUUCGUGGCAUGGUUGUCGCAGUUGAACUUGACCUAUACCGAGCUGACGGUAACAGGACAGAAUAAGGGAUAUACCUAUCAACCGGCGAGCGAAGUAUUUGAGACGGAUCCAGCCCUGAACGGUACGGCUUUUAUUGCACUCACAGACACGGAUAUGUUUGUCACACCGUACAACCUAACCAUGUUGAAUCCGCAUAUCCGUGCUUUGGGAUUGUAUCAGGCGGGUUGA